AACUUCCCUGCCGGCAUCGAUCCCGACAGCUCUCUGGUCGGAAUGGGUUGGAAAUGGGUAGUCUACCACAAAGUAGGCUUUACUGUUUCUGGGUACAUGGAUCGAUGCACAGCGGUUGAGCUCGAAUGGCUCCUAGAUACCGACCACUUCUACCCCGCGAACCUUCCCAAGGACUACAACGGCAGGGUGCGAAACAAAAAGAUUCGAGAAAUCUUUGACAAACUCGGCCAUCCCGACCAACCCACAGGUCAACACCCCUGAUUGGCGAAAGCCUUCCAAAAUGUCAGCACGCAUUUCCCACUCAUGAGAUCGACGUCCAAGCCCUUCACUGCUUAUCGCCCAACGGCAUCCGUCACUUGUGACAUAUACAGCAAGCCCUAAGUGCGUAACCGCAUCCGAUACCACUAAUGUGCGCUAUUUUGGUAUGGAAGAUUGCCGUAAGGCAUCCGAAACGGAAGAGAUGAUGUUAGUUUCGGCUGAGUGAUAAACGUGAGAGUGGCAGGAGAGAUGACUUUAGUGUUGCAAUUCGGAACAGUUUAGACCCAUGCCCCCGAGACCGAAUGAAUUUAUCUGUGCGCUGUUGCUUUCUUCUCUCGUUUAGGUUGCUUGAUACUUUCGUCUGAUUUUAUGUUCUGCGUAUGUAGCAUUCUUGUUCAUAUCGUUAUAAUCCCCGAAUCAUACCG